UGUGCGAGCGUUGGUUGCGCUUGUGUUGGGAGAAUAGCUUCACUUUUUCCACCCGAGCACGGUGAACAUUUUCAUUUCAGUUUGAACCGUCGUAACGCGCGCGCGUGUGGUGCCGGAGUCUCUGGAAACGACUUCCGGCGACGUUUUUCGACAUACAGGGCGGUGUGCGGUUUUGUACCACCGGUCACACCCCAACCCAUCCAACCACCCCCAGCAAGUUCCUUCACAUAUGUGUACGCCCGUGUGUACACACAUCACCUACUGCAGCUCGUGUGCGUGUGCCGGACGGACGCGCGCACAGACGCAUCGCACCCGAGAGAUUGACAGUUCGCGUUCCGGGUUGUGUGUUCUUUCCGUUGGUUGUUGGUUGGUCGCGCUUUCCCGAUGAGCGCGAUGAGGUGAGGGAUUAGGAAGCCUGGAAGCACAGAGCACUCCGCGGUGUGUCGGUUUUGUGUUUUUAGUUUGUGACCGUUUGUGAAGUUGUGUCAUUUUGUCUCGUUGUAACUGGUUGGCCGUCGUCCCGUGGCGUGCGUUUAUGUGGGCUUGUUCUGCGGUGUGCGUGUGUGUUUUGCACACGCAGCCCCGUCGUGCGUACCUGGCAGGUGUGUGCGUGUGUGUGGUGAAGAGAGGGUGGUAGUAGAAAGGAACCUGUGCCCUGGGCGUGGAGUGGAGUGUUGAGAAAUUGAAAACGGAAAACGUGGCCACCAACGGUAGUGGCAGCACCAGCAGUAGCCGUAGCUACGAGGGCGAUUGCACACACAUUGCAGCCAUAUCGGUCACAGUGUCUGGCUGCCAGUGUGCCACAGCCCACUAGCGUCCAGCAUCGGCUUUAUUGGGCUAAAUAAAAUAUCGAAUGUCCCCAGAAAGGACACUUGACGAAGACAGCAGUGACGGUGCUAGUGAUCAGCUUAUUGCGGACGAAUCGAUCGAGGAAGAAUUGGUGGACGAGGAAGAUUCGGCGUUAGUGGUGAGCCUUAGUACCAGUGGCGUGGCAGGUGUCGAAACCAUCGUCGGCGAUCACGUGACGAUCGAGACGUCCUCACCGAUCCCCAGCCCUGGGGCAGAAACGACAGUAUCGUCCAUGACCGAGGGUCCUACCGGGGCACCGACGACUCCAACGAUCCCAAGCGGUUCCACCAUGGUACUGUCCGCGAUCCCGCUGGAUCAGUCAAUCAUGCACCAACAAAUCGUACAUCUGCAGCAGCAGCAGCAGCAACACAGUGCAAACCAUACGAUCAACAACAACAACACGAGCUUCAAAAACCAUAACAACAGUGGUGCUGCAGCAGGUGGAGCAAAAAAUAUUCUUAUCAGCAGCAGCACAGGCAGCAGCGGCGGAACCAGCAGCAGCAGCACCGUCACACACCAAAUAGUGCAUCAACACCAUCCCCAUACGUACACCAUCAGUCUUGGCAAUCACGGUACGGCUGGUAACGGCAGCAGCAACCACUACCAAACGGUUGCUACGGCAACGUCCAACGGUAGCGUUGUUGCACCAAUCACCACCGGAAGCACCAGCAGCAGCAGCAGCAACAACAUCGCCACCAGCAAUAUGGCGUCCGGUGGUGGUGGUGGUGGAGGAACGGGUGCACUCGCACUAGUGACCGGAGCAGGAGUCAGUACCGUGCCAUCGCCGUCGUCCCCGGCCGUAGUGCCAUCGUUGGGUGCUGGCAGCACUGGCACGGGUCCUGCUGCAGCCGGUGGUGCCGGUAUGCUGGUGGUGACGGACCGGAAUGGGACGGCCACUACCACAACCACGGGCAAGCUCGUACUGCUGCAUCAGGGCCGCGCAGGCGAAGAUUAUAUAACUACAACCGGCGAAACGAUCAACGGUGGCAAUAUCGUCCUGCUGGCAACGGAGCAGAUGGAUAUGGCGGAGCACGACAUCAUCAACAAUAAUGUUAUCAUCAGCACCACGAACAGCGGUACGGGCGGUGGUACGACACGAACGGUUGCGCUUCCCGCACACCACCAACCUCAUCUAGCGCCUGGCGGUGGUGCCACCAAUGGGCCACCAACGGCGACAAACGGUGACGAGGAUCUCACAUCGUUGUCUUGGUUGCAGGAUAAGAAUUUAAUAAAAGCUAUCAAUCUGUCUAAAGUGCCAGUUUCAUCUCCGGAUAGUCCGCGGCAGGUAAGCGCCGUAGUGGCCAGCGGUGCAGCAGGACGCAUCUCACCGACCAGUGACUUUGUCGAGGAUUCAUCAAGCAUUUCCGAGGAUAACAACUCGUCCGUAAACUCUUCGUCGGAACAAAGCACCGGUGAUCCGUACUCUGCCGAACCAGCCGAUCGACGGACGCCAUCCCAGCAUCUGUACCAGCAGCACGGCAUCAGCUCCAAGGCAAUCACAACCCUGAACGGGGAUACGAUCAUUGGCAUACCGGUGAUAGCGGUAAACCAGCACCACCAUCAUCACCAUCAUACGCUGGGCGGAGCCAAUGGCAACAUACCACAACAACAGCAGCAGCAGGUUGUCCUGGACGGUGGCAAAACGAUGAAGGUUUCCGUAAUGACGAGCCUGGCCGCACCAACCGUCACGGCAACUCCGUUCAUUGUGACGGGUGGUGGUAGCAGUACGAGCGUACCGGUUUCUGCAUCCUACGGAAUUGUGUCCUCACCGGUCAGUUCCGGAGCCGGUAAUACUAACCCGCUGGCAACUUCCACUCCGGUGAGCUCCAGUGCCGGCGGUAACAGCAAUACCACCUCAAGUACCCCGCAUCAACACUUUCACAAAAAGUAUCUGCGCGAGGAGCUUGUGAAGCAGCAGCAGCAGCAACAGCAGCAGCAACAGCAACAGCAGCAACCGCCACAACAACAGCAUCAACCAAACGCAAAAGCUACGCUCGGUGGCGGAACGGUGACUGUGAUGGGCGCCGGCGGAACCACCAACAACAUCUUUCUCACACCAUUGAAACAUCAGGCAAAUAGCGCUGUGAAGUACGACGAUGGCUCUGACACCGCCGAAGAUCGUCACUAUCCACCGCCUGCCGCACCGAUCAAGAACGGUAGCAGCAACUACGGUGGCAGCAGCACCAUGAGCUCACCAAACGUUAGCGGCGAAGAGUACGGCAACAACGUGGGCAACACCGUCACCGUGUACGGCGGACUCAACAUGAUCAAGCAAUCGCCCGUGCCCUCGCCGACGAUGCUAUCACCAACGCACAACGGCAGCUCGAGCAACGGUCUGAUUAUCCAGCACCAUCCGAAUCAUUACCAGCAGCAACCACAGCAGCAGCAGCAGCAACCAACUGCAACACCUCCUCCACAGCAGCAACCGUUGCCUCCGCCGCCGUCAGCCACCAGCACGUCCGCCUCCCUGUCGCUGCCACCAUCGCCGCAGGGUUCCGGUUCCGGCAGUUCCGUCAGUCCGUCAAAGUUACCGCCGCCGAAGUCGAAGCAUCCGACCAACGUGCCAUACGAUCCGCUGGUCCACGUCAACAGUAAGCCUCCGUUCAGCUUUAGCUCGCUCAUCUUUAUGGCCAUUGAAAACUCGCAGCAGAAGGCGCUGCCGGUGAAGGAGAUUUAUGCCUGGAUUGUGCACCAGUUCCCGUACUUCAAAACGGCACCGACCGGGUGGAAGAACAGCGUGCGCCACAAUCUAUCGCUGAACAAGUGUUUCCAGAAGGUGGAAAAGGCUGCGAAUCUCGGCAAAGGCUCCCUGUGGAUGGUGGAGCCUCAGUUCAGGCCAAACCUCGUCCAAGCACUUUCGCGCUCACCGUUCCACGCCGGCUCCGGUAUGGAUAAGGCGACGUACAAAAGCCUGCAGCAGCAACGUUCCACCAAUGCCAGCCCCACUGGCAAUGGGUCACACUAUUCCAAGCAGGAGCACUUUCCGCAACUGACGAGUCGUCUAGCACCGACCGAUGCCGGUCAAAAUGGAUUGCUGCAUCAUGACGAUCUGGACGAUAUUAGCCGUUCGUCGACGCCUAUCGAUUACGAUGGGGGUGGUAGCGGCGAUAUGGCACCGGGUGUCGGCGGUCCUCCACAUCACAGCAACCAGUAUCAGCCCCAGCAUCAUCAUGUGCAGCACGAACAGCAGCAGCAGCAGCAUCAUGCGCUGUUGAGCUCCGCGCAUCACGCUCACGGGCAGUUGAUUGCGCUGGCUGGCGGAGGUUACCAUCGGCUCGGUUCACCCGAACCACCGUCCACGAAUGGAUCGGCAAAUGGAACCACUACCACUGCCUAUCUGUCGACUGUGGACGGUACCACGAUUGUGUCCUGCCCGAGCGGUCCUGUGGUGUACAUGAACGGUGGCCCUGUUGGUGCUGCCGUGCUGCCGAAGGAUAUCGUUACCGGGCGUGAAUGGAGUGCGGACACGAUAGAGGAUGUGAAUGCCGCUACGGCAAUGCUCGCACUAAAGCAUGGUUCCAAAAUUUACACCGAAACCUCGUUCCGGAAUGGUCAACCUCCCGUCAUUACAACCUCCCCGAGCGAGGACCACACGUACUCGGCCGGUGGAGUCGGUGUACAGGAGCUGACAACGAACGGGGUGGCAACGAACGGAGCGGCGACCGCCGCGGUGAUAGGGAAUGGAUGUAGCUGCUGCUCGUCGUCCGAUGAGCGGUACGACGUGCCCCAGCACAAUCGGCACCACCACCACCACCACCACCACCAUCAGCCUCCGCAUCAUGCGGCCAGCCAUCCUCACCAUCACCAGCCACAGCAGCCACAGCAGCAGCAACAUCAUUCGCUUCGGCACAGUGAUAUCAUCAGCAACGGCACAUCCUCCGAUGCAACGUACGAAAGCAGCGAGGAAAGCCAUCCAGCGCACGUUCCAUCCGCCGAAGAUGUGGAGGAACGGCGCCGGCAGGAAGGUGUGUUCGCCCUGCUCAACCUCGCCCAGAUGACCUACUCGCCUUCGCCUGCCUCGUCCAUGUCGUCCUCGACGUCCACCCUCUCGUCGCCCGCCUCCUCCACCGGUUCGCUGAAACGUGCCGCGCCGAACGAUUCGCCGUACGCACCUGCCCAUACCAACGGCACGCCCUAUCGCCAGCUGCACGCCGGCUCGCCCGAUCGUGCACGUACCGCGUCGCCCCCGAUGGCGCACCACCAUCACCUGCAGCAUCUGCCGGCCAACAAUAUGCAUGGCGAGCCGGGUACCAACACCGGCGGCAAUAUUCUGCAAACGACGAUCCCGAUCGUAUCGUACUACAGUGGUGGUGGCAGCAGCAGUAGUGGCAGCAGCAGCGGUGACCUCACGACCCGCCAGUACGCAUCACCACCACCGGCCAAGAAAACCAAACCCCGCUCGUCGCUCAAGAAGCUGAAGAAGAAGUCGCUCGGCGGCCGGUAAUGUCCAGACGUUGCCGAUCGAUGCCAGCCGUCCGUAAGCCGCCGGGUAGAACUGUUUGUAACACCGCACGAAGCGGUUGUCCUUUCGGGCGAGACACACCCUGCCCAUCUCGUCGCGCACCUAUAGAUCGUUACUAUUGUUGCUUGCUCUAAAUGCACUGUUAAAAUUCAUAUUUCAAAACGACACACGUUUCGCCGUUUAGAUGUACUGCUGGGUCCGAGCAUCCCAGCCACACACUCUAUUGCCUUAUUGAUGUACACGCGCGCGUGUGUGCCCCACGUACCUUUUUCGAAAUUGCAAUUAAAAUACUACUAGUGAGGUGCACCACGGCGGGAUAAUAGGGGGGAGAGAGAGAGGGAGAGAUGUUUUAAACAAUGUGUGAUAUGCUAGAAAACGGAUACAAUUGUGCAGCCAGCCAGCAGCCAAAAAACAAACAAAAAAACCUAUCAUCACUAACCUGUUUCUCUGUUAUAGCUAUUCCAAUUUCGUGGCUUACGAGGCGUCCAGUUUUCGGUUUACGGUCGCGCUUUCGAUGACUCGCCUCGGUUAGGUUAGGAAGAAGAGUACGGUUGCCAUCGAACCUGAAGCGCUCAGGAGCGUUCGGUACGAUCGUUCGACUGCAGAGAGCAAGUGGUUAAAUCACUUGCGGGGGUUUCUUUUUUUUCGGCAGCCGAACUGUUGUUGUUAAAGAUUGUUUUAAUUAUGUUUUCUGUUUAACUUCUUUCGAAACGUCACCACAAGCAUAGCUUGUCGAGCGCGGGGUUUUUUCUUUCUACACGCACACGAAUUCGUAUUUCUCACGAUUCGAUGCUUCGAAGUUCCGCAACAAUCAACCCUAUUCAGCUAAUUGUUAACGGUCUUUGCUACUAGUGUGUUACACAGGUUACAUGUUUUCAUGGUGCGUUUUCGGACAAACUCUCGCAUUAGAUUGUACAGAAAAGCGGGGGGGAGGAGAAGGUGAGCUGCGCGGAAGCCAAUCGCAGAAGAAGUGUUGUAAAGUAAGAAACUAUAAGCAUAUGUAAGUGUAGCGAUGAGACAAAGAGGAAACCUAACAUUGCUGCUUGUGAGCGAGAACCGUACAUCGUAGUCAAAGUGUCACCAAAAUUGCAUUUUUGUUUCUGUUUUAUUUUUAAAUAUUUGUUUAACAAUUUGCUUCGGUUUGAUUUUAGUGCUUGUUAGGCUUUCCCCCCUGUUUUAUACUUAUUUUUCAGUAAGGUUAGGAAGCGUAGUUAAAGCAUACAAAGUGGAGGAAAUAAUGUAUUUUCUGUGUUACACCAGAGCGAUACAAUCGAUGAUUUAUGAUUAAGCACCGCAAAUGCGGUGUGAGCAGGAGGAAAUAGUCCGAUUUUCCUAAGGAAUGAUAAAAGCGAGCAAAUAAAGCUCCGGUCAACGGUCGAUGGAAGGACACGCAUCCCAAAGGAAAAAAGGGGGGAGGAAACACUGAACUUAUCUACUCGCGCCUUCUACUAUAGUUAUGCACUUAUCGUACCACUGUCCUACUACUUGUUUAAGAUUGCGGAAUGAACGAUUAUGGACCGGACCGGGAUGCAGGUGCUUAGGCAGUAAGUGAAGUGAAAUGUUCCCGAAGCGCAUUGCAAAGCCGCGCGGUAAGGAGCAAAACGGAAACCAAAACGUGAUGUUUUAAAGCCAUUUUCCCACAAACCCGGGGAAGCCUCAAUCAAAAAAUCGUUUACAAUUUAAACUUAGUAAGUGUAACAAUUCAACACAAAGCGCAUGCGCGCGCGGUUCUGCGAAUGCCAUGGUACGACGGGACGUUGAAGGAAAAGGAAAUGAAAAUCCCCCCGCCCAAAAACGCCUCGCAGUCAGUUUGUGCUGAGUUGGUUGUUACGAAUACACACGGAUUUCAGGUACGGUACAAGGGGGAUUUCGUUUGUUAGCCGGGGAGUCGUGUGUUGGUAGUGCGUUUUUGUAAAUGCAAAUGGUAGUUUCUAGUGUUCUUUAGUGCUGUUUUGUUACACUAAACAAACAUCCCCCCUUUGUUUAAGUUUGAUAGUUGUUCUUCUUCUAAUUGUAAUGUGCAUCAUUCGUUAAAUGCCAAUCAGUGCGAAUAGCAGCUGCGAGAAAGCCACACGGUGGAGGUGCUGGUGUGCGUCAUAUAUGAUGAGUAUAACAAACUAUAAGCAAUCAGUUUAAUGCAGCAACGCAUGUAAAGCAGUAAGCAAACUACUCUUUUGCAAUCGUAAGGAAAGAGAUGAAACAAACAAACGUAAACACAACUAUGGCUCAUCAGCAGCCAUCGUAGAGGAAGCCUCUUGUAAGCCCGCGACGCUUAAGCCGGUUUGCGUUAGGAUAUACGGACGUUAUUUUCCAUUAUCUAGCCCCCGCUCAUGAUCAUCACUGUUGAUUGCCCCAUUUUUUUUGUUCUAGUGAUUAAUUAGCUACAAUUAGCACACCGUACCACACAAGCGCGCCGAUAAGCGCAAGAUAAAAAGGAAUGUAGGAAGAGGGGAUGAGAGAGAGAGAGAGAGAUUUGUCUCUUUUGAAUGGAUCGUUUGCGUGUUGAUGAUGAUUUGGCCGUUCCUUCUUCCCCACUCGUUUGCGGCUUGCGAGGCUAUCGCGGCUAGUGUAUUGUUAUUAAGCUUAGAACUACAGCAAAACCACGAGUUUGCGCAACUGUAAUGCGAGAUAAAGUGCUCUAAAUGAUAUUUAAUAGCAAAGAUUGAUUUCAUAAUAAGCAUAUUUUUUCGUUGUUUUAUUUCUUUUUUGUUUCCUUUUUCGUUUUUUUUUCGUGUAUAUAUUUUGUUUAUUUCUGUCUUUCUACUAUUUUACUAAUUUAUUUAACAUGUUUUUAGAUUUUUUAUGUUUUUUUUACCAUAUUUUUUUCUUUUUCCUUUCCCCAGCUGGAAGCUUCUUCUUCUUAUCAGGUAUGUUAUACAUUACUAUUGUUAAGUUUAUUUACUUUACUACACUUAGAAAACAGUUCUACCUUUCACACACACACAAAUUAAUACAAACCAAACCGGUGGGCCCAGCAUAAACACACACUUAACGCGCUGAACAAUCAUAUUCAUGUCGGUGAGAAAGCGAACGCACAGUGCAAACACUGUUUAUUCUAAAACAAACAAAAAAGAAGGUAAACUAAAACUAUUACUUUUACCAGCACGUGUGGCAUAUUGAGCUGACUUGAGCAUUAUUUUAGUGCGGCGUCACCGAGCGCGAAGGCACACGUGCAGCCGGUCGAGCAAUGAAACCGAUAAUCAUGAGUUAUAAACGCUUUGUAGGGUGCGUUACUGGAAGAGAGUGUCCUUUAUAAAAUAUUCUGCUACCAUCACGCGAUGUAAAACAUUGUUUCACUAGCAAAAAAAAAAAGGGGGGAAUACACUCUUCCCCCCACCCCCUCCACCCCCCACUAUCUAUACUAGAGCGCCUUAAUUUGUCGUACUGUUUUAUCGCUGUCGUGCACCUGUCAGAGAAAGCCUUAUAGGAAGUAGCAGUUGGUGUUGUUUUAUUGAAAUGAAACUUCGCGGAAUGUGCCAAAAAAAAAAAAAAAACGCGGCGAAAUGAGCGGAAGCGGAAUAAUCACCAAAAAAAAAAAAGUAAGACCAAACAUUUCACACCUCUAUCACCCUUUCGCACUAUAUCAUGACAACACACGGCCGCAAAUCGAGCAGCUUACUUGGUAGCUAGCCUAGCAUAUUUCUUUGGCUGUUGAACCAGUAGUAGGUAGUCUUAUAGGUGUGGUUUCAUUUACCGCUCUGUUGAUUGUUUCUUUUCCAAUAGGAAUAAGUUAGCCGUUAAGAGGAAAGCAAGCGCUAGUGCAGGUAGUACUGGAUGCAUUAUAAUACAUAUAUAGCUAUAUACAUAGAGCUAAGCGGAGUACUUCACAGGUAGAGUUAAAACAUAAACGAAAUCGCAUCCAAACACGGACGCUCCUAUUCACCUAAAUUAGAGGCAAGAAUGCGAACAAGGAACGCCUCGGCCUCGGGGGGGGAGGAGGAGCAUAAUCAUCUACUAUAGUCUUCCAGAUGUAUAUUUACACCUUUCGAAUUGUACGGCCGACUUUUUAAGUAGGACACGCUAGCUCAGUACUGUACUGUACUUAGGUUUAUUAUAUUUUUGAUUCCUUUCCCGUGUGCUACAACUCUAAACGUUACCGUACUGUGUUGUCUUUGCAUGUGUAGAACAUCGCUUUCGUUGAACGAUUUCUACCUAAAGGAGUAGCAUCGUGAAGCACACUGACAUGGGCACAUUUACUACUACUUAGAGUGUAGUAGGGCCCUCUUGGUUGUGCGAGCGACCAAGCAAUUUCUAAGGUGCAACGUGAGCAGCCUAAAAGGAUGAACACACGUGUGAUGUUUAACUAACUUUGUACAGUGAUGAUGCCUAUCUCUUGCCGUUGUUAUAAAUAAUUCGACAAAGCUUUACACUCGUUUAACCUUUCGCCAAGCGCUCGUUCAGUGUUUUGGGUUUUGCUUGUUGUUAGCAAACGUUUUAGCAAAUGAUUUAAUCGUAAGCAAACCAGCCGAAUCCGCUCAUCGUAUGACCAGCAAAACUGUCAACAUACAAGUAAAAUCACUCGCACAUAUGAUAUUUAUACUAUAUACACAUGCAACUCUAUAUAGAUAUAUAUACAGUCUAUAGAUAUAUACAUACUGUUAAAGGUAAAACAAACAAACAAACAACCCUUAUCGUUUGACAAACGAAAUAGACUGCACUCGGAUAUAAAUACUUACACUCAUAAUACCAUUUAGCAAAACGGCAAAAAGCAUUAACAUUAAAAACCUAAAGCGAGCAAAAACAUUACAAAACAAAAAAACGGAAAAGCAAAAACACACAAACGCGGGUAGAUUUCAAUGUAGAGUUCAUUCCAAAGAGUAGACACAAAAAAGAAGAAGAAAUCAUUUACAAGGCAAUGCAAAAAGGAAAAGUAAAACAAGGUAAUAAAAAAACGAUAAAACAUACACACAAGCAACUACUACUAAACUACAAAACCAUAAGAAAAGAAGCAAUACACUUUUUUCAAUGUCUUACUCUUUACACGGCUACGCAAAUGCAAAGCUAGAAAAGCAAACUUAUAAAUGAAAGAGAGAAGGAAGAGAGAAGAGAAUAAAUAGUCGAAAGGGAGGGAGAAAUAUUGUAGAAAUAUUAUACCUUCUUAUAGUGGUAGUAAAGCAAGACAAUGCGACAAAAAACUCCCCAUACUUAGCGCGAGAGAGAGAGAGAGGAAUGCCUGUAGUAAAAAGAAGCAAACAAACAUACAAAAAGAAUGACUUACAACAAAAAUGAAAAGCAAAACUUUUUGCCUGCUCUAAAGACAAACAAAAACGAACAAAACUUCACUCAAACACCAUGGUUUUUACACAAGAUAAAAGACAAGCAAAACAAGCAU